AUUGCCUCAAACUUUUGGUUUUCUUCAAAAUUCUUCCUCUAUUGUCUAGUCUCUCUUCACACCAUGCAAAGUCCAUCGUCCGAUAAGAAAUCCGGUGUCUACACCUACAUUGCUCAAUGGCCAGUUUGCUCUCUAGCUUGGUCUGUCCGGCCAGACAAACGGUCACGCCUAGCCAUUGGCAGUUUCAUGGAGGAGUACAGUAAUAGAGUGGAAUUAGUUCAGUUCAAUCUUGACGCUGCAGAUUUCACCACCGACAGUCGCCUCAUUUUCGACCACCCUUAUGCUCCUACCAACCUCAUGUUCUUCCCCUCCGAGGACACAACAAACCCCGAUUUAGUCGCCACGUCUGGUGAUUACUUGCGCCUCUGGGAAAUCCAUGAGGACCACAUCGAGCUGAAAUCGCUCAUGAAUGGGAACAAGAGCAGCGAGUUUAAUUCGGCGAUUACGUCCUUCGACUGGGCGGAGUUCGACCCCCGGCGGGUAGCUUCGGCCAGCGUCGACUCCACGUGUACGGUGUGGGAUGUGGAGAGACAAGCGGUGGACACGCAAUUAGUUGCGCACGAUAAGGAAGUGUAUGAUAUUUCGUGGGGCGGUUUCAAUGUGUUCGCCUCGGUUUCCGGCGACGGUUCCAUUCGGGUUUUUGAUUUGAGGGAUAAGGAGAGAUCGACCAUAAUUUAUGAAAAUCCGAUUCAGGAAUGUCCUUUGUUGAGGCUCGAGUGGAACAAGGCGGACCCGAGGUUCAUGGCAGCCGUUGGGAUGGACAGUAAUAAGGUGGUGAUUGUCGACAUUCGGUUCCCGACCACGCCGUUGAUGGAGUUGUGUAGGCACAAGGGAAGUGUCAAUGCCAUAUCCUGGGCGCCGUAUAAUGGACGGCUGCUGUGCUCUGUCGGGGAUGACUCCAGGGCUCUCAUAUGGGAAGUGGUGGCCGCCGGUGAUCGGUCGGAAAAUGGGGAUAAUUUGGAACCGGAGAUGUGGUAUGGAUCUAAUGCUGAAAUCAAUAAUGUUCGAUGGUCUCCGGUUGAGUUCGACUGGAUUGCUAUUGGUUUCCUUAACAAGUUGCAGCUCUUAAAAGUGUAGGAACUCAACAAUUAUAACAACUGAGCAUAUAUAUAUAUAUGUAGAAUAAUUUGACAUGGUACGGAUCGAACCCAUCCAGGGAGAGUAGUGCAUUUAUUUAAUGUAACUAAUAUUAUUAGACUGAAGGUUCAAGUGCAAAGUGAAUACACAUUAAUCGAAAAAAAAAUAUAAUUAAUGUAUAUUCAUUAAUAUGUCUCACUCAAUAAAAUCUUACUAAAAAAUAAAAUUAUAUAUAACAACUGUAAACUAGUAACAUCUAAUAAUUGAGUACGUGUAAAAGCCUCAUUUGAUAACAUGGAAGGAUAUUAAAUUUAAAGGAAUGGAGUGCAAUAAGCAUUUCAUUUUUUUGCUUUUUGUAGCUGUGUAACGACAAUAUGAAACAGAAUUAUGGAACAUCAAACACAAUGCUAACACAACAAUAGGCCUCAUUGCUUUCCAAAAUAAACAAGGUUUUAGCUUCCUCAACAACCGGUGCAGUUGGUUCUCUUGAUUCUGCCUUCCUCCAGGUUCUUUCCGGUUCUGCCAUGGAUGGUCAUGAAACAGAUUGUUCACUUCCUGAAAAAAAAAAAAAACCUCAAAAUCUUUUCAUUUUGAUCAUUUUUAUAAAAGCUUUUUCUUUUU